UCGUUGGGUACUUAUCAUGCUAUAACACUAGCCAAUCAGAAUGCCGAGAAAAAUAGUGUCAGCCAAUCCUAGUGCAAGGGAGGCGGGAUUUAUCGGAAUACAGGUGGGAUGAAACAGAACCGACUGCGCAUAGAGAAGUAGAGAAGUUUGUGAACGCAUGUCAACUUUUGUGGAGAGUUGAAUUGUGUAAAUGCAAAAAUAAACUAAUAAAUAAAGACUUUCUGCUGCAGUUGGAGUCAAAUAAUUCGAUGUCUGCACGGAUUUAGAAGUAAGUCCUCAUCAUGUCAGCGAGAACUCUGUCUGCUCUUCUGUUUCUCUGCCUGGUUCAGGUCGGGCGCCGGGGUCUCGCCUCCGCUCCUGAGCUGCGAGAGCCGCCGAAGAAAAUAGCCGUCAUCGGAGCUGGGAUCGGAGGAACGGCGGCGGCGUUUUUCCUCAGGCAGGAGUUUGGGGCGUCCGUGAAGAUCGACGUGUUCGAGUCGGGAUCGGUGGGAGGACGUCUGGCUACAGAGGACGUCGGAGGACACGAGUACGAGAUGGGAGGCUCCAUCUUACACCCGCUCAACCUGCACAUGAAGCACUUUGUGGACAGACUAGGUCUGUCGGCGCGUGCUGAGGUGCCCACUAAACUGGCCUUCUUCGAUGGGAAGGAGUUGGUGUUCGAGGAGAGCGACUGGUUCAUCGUGAACUUCCUGCGCAUGCUGUGGCGCUACGGCUUGAACUCCAUCCGCAUGCACAUGUGGGUGGAGGGGAUUCUGGACAAGUUCAUGAGUUUGUACCAGACUACACUGAUGACAACACGUCUUGUGUCCAUUUUAUUUACUGAUCACACCUGGUGGUGAUGUUACCUG